AUGCCGGAGGCGCCCCACGCCUUUUUUCUCGGGCGCAAGGUGGAGGGGGGCCUGGAGCGAUCCACGCUGCAGAUCGAAGAGCUGGAGUUCCGCCUGGCCAACGACGGCAGCCGCUUGCCGGCGGAUGUGGCACAGAUGGUGCCGCAGAUGGUGCGCAGCUGGGGCCAGGGGCGGUUCCAUUCGCAGAGCGAGAUGGCCAAGUGGUUCGAGAACCAACUGGGGGAGGUCCGGGGCUCCCUGAACUCAGAUCUGCGGAGCGUGAAGGGGGACAUCCACGAGAUGCUCAGGCGCGCGUCCGAUGACAUGAGCGAGCGCAUCGAGGAGUGUGUGAUCAGCAAGACGCUUCCGUAUGAGAACCGCCUCAUCUCAGCGGAGAUGAUGCUGCGGAAUCUGCUGAGCCGCACCCAUGCAGCGGAGGAGGCCCGGGAUCGCUUGGACCGGGAGCAGGGCACAGAUGGAGAGGAGCGAAUGGACAGGGCCAAAACGUCUGUGCCAACUGCCAACGAGACCAAGGAGUCCGAGGUAGACAAAGCCAAGACGGACAGCCCCGCACAAAUCGAGGCUGCGCGCGAGGCCAAGGGCGAGGAAGGCGGCGGCGGGAAAGCAGGCGAUCCUCUGAAGGGGUGGCUCGAGAAGCAGAUACGCCACAUCACGGACAAAGCCAAGCCAGUGGCCCAUGACGAGCCGGAUUCAGCUGAUCUUAUGUCUUGGAUGAAGGAGCACAUCAGCGAGCUGGUUGGAGACCUGCUGCCAUCGCAUCGGGAGACCCGGGAUACUGAUGCCACGGCAGAGGCCAUUGCAGAGGUGCACGCAAAGCUGGAGCACUUCCGGGAUCUCAAGGAUCGCCUGGAGAGCCUCGAGCGCAGCUUGGGUGCGCGGCUCCUCGCGCUAGAGGAAGCGCGGCUGCCGGGGCGUGUCGGCUUGCUGGAAGGUGCUUGCUUGGAGGAGCGCUUGGCCAUGUUAGAGUCCUGCGGGGCCCGCACGCCGAGCGCUGGGCAGCUGAUGGCGCCCAACCCCCAAGGUACCAGCCAGAUCUUGGCGCUGCGUGCUGAGAUGCAAAGGCUGCAGAACCGCGUGGCCUUGUUGGAGGGGCUUCAGAUCCCGGAUGAGAGGUGGCAGAAGACCGGAACCGGAAGGGACCCCAGCCGGGCCGCCAGCCCCUACCCCGGCGCUUCCGGUGAGGCUUCGCCUGCGUCGGCGUCGCCCCCCAACUUCGACCUUGGAAGGAAAGAGGACUUCGAUGACAACAUGAAGCGGGAGAUGAUGAAUAUUUGGUGUGCCGUGUGUGGUGACCAGCGCACCCUUGGCAUCCUAUCCUCCAAGCUCGAGGAUGCCACGAGAGACUUCGCAAAGAUGCAGACGCGCUUUGAGGCCGCCAUGCCUCAGCUGAUGCAACUACUGGCUGAGCUGCUGCGGGGCGGAGCUGCCGCCGGCACCGGGGACACCGGAAACGCUGAGGUCGACGUGCUGAUGGCUAUGCAAAAGCUGCUCUACGGAGGUGAGUCUGGCAUGCCCUUUGUGUCGCCAGCAGUGCUGCGGGAGACGUUCAACGCGUUCGAAGCUGUGAUGCGUAGCGAGAUGGAGAAGCUCCGCAAUGAGCUGUUUACGGCCAUCGAGGACAAGGCUCGGGCGGAAGACCUGGAGUUCCUGGCGGAGCAGCUGCGCCUUCUGCAGGGCCAGCUGCAAAUGCACCUCGGGCGGUUUCGGUGGUUUCAUUUGUUCCAGUUCAGUGGCACCCUCUAA